CUGUGAACCGAAAGCCAAAAGCAGGUAGCCUACUGAGCUCAGUGAGUGACAGAUCUUUUAUCAAAAGCUCAGUGAUCCUCGAUCUUAUUAGCGUUCAAAAAUGUGUUCUGGAGAUGCGACUACUCCAGCGCUGUCAUAGAAAGUAACAUAUCUGAUAUCUACGGUUAUAACUUAACGUCGUAAAAGAUUAGCUAGUUUACUAUUUCAUUUGAAAAGUGAUACUUACAAACUUGCACGUUCUUCCUUCAAAAUUUGUACGUGGUUCCAGAAAUAGUUACUGCGAAUUCUGACGCUGUAGCCUAUACCUCGGGGAGUCUAAACGGCACUGCGUCGGGAAAUUGUUCAAUCAACGGCGUUCAGACGAAAGGAUCGGCAUCAAGUUAUGGAUUGCUCGGGGACUAUUAAGAAUAGGUUUUCGCUGCUCGGAUUUUAGUGACAGAGCCGUUUUCAUCGUACAUCAUUCUAAUUUACCUGUGGUUAAAUUAUACACAGUAACAUUUAAACAUCUUAUAAUAGGACUGGACAAAAAAUAACGUUGGAGAUCAUGUACCAACACAGUAAGAAAUGCUUCACCAUCGAAUCAUUGGUUGGCAAGGAAGCUAAUUCCUCGACUGCAGGGGACGAACCUGUCAGACCCACAGCAUUGCGAUUCACGGAAUCAAUUCAUCCUUCUCCAUUUUCGACUUGCUUUCAGAACUCCGGCAGGACCUUGUACAGUAGCCCGGAUAUGAUGUUCCCAGACCCGGGUACACACUCAACCAAUUCAACUUUGUCUCUGCAUCCUCUCCAGUUGCCCUCUCAGCAUUUUUUUAAUCCGCACCAGAGAGAGACUUUGAACUUCUACCCGUGGGUUCUUCGAAACCGAUAUCUUGGUCACAGGUUCCAAGGUGAAGACAGCAGCCCGGAGAACCUGCUCCUGCACGGGCCCUUCUCCCGCAAGCCGAAGCGCAUCCGGACCGCCUUCUCGCCCUCCCAGCUCCUGCGGCUGGAGCGGGCCUUCGAGAAGAACCACUACGUGGUGGGCGCCGAGCGGAAGCAGCUGGCCAACGGACUGUGCCUGACGGAGACGCAGGUGAAAGUCUGGUUUCAGAACAGAAGGACCAAACACAAGAGGCAGAAGUUGGAGGAGGAGUCACCUGAGUCCCAACAAAAGAGGAAAGGUAGCCAGCAUGUUAGCCGCUGGCGUGUAGCCACUCAGCAAGGUAGCCCCGAGGACAUUGAUGUCAUAUCAGAGGACUGAUGACGCCUAAUCGACAACCAUCAUAAUUACUGUCUGCCAAUGUUUGGCAGAAUUUUAAAACAAGCAUUUAAAUGUAGAUGUGUGUUCAGACUGCAGUGUAUGACUUAACUUCACCACGCUAGACAAAAGCACUCAAUGCGCAAACAAUGCAGGCAGGCAGGUCAAAACCACACUCUGUGGCUUGAUUGACACUUAAACAAUGAGAGAGAGAGGGAGAGAAAGAGAGAGAGAGAGAAGCUCCAUACAAAAUGUGGUUGGGCAGCUCAGAAAAAGGCAGGUUACUCAAUAAUCUGCUGGCAACACCGAAUCUGUAGUGUGCUGUUCUCUGUAGCAGCACAGGUGCAACUGUUCUGGAAAGAGACAAAGAAGCAGAGAGCCUUGCUGUGACUUUCAUCGUCCGUUCAGUUGAAGUCGUCUUGCUGCCAACAUGAACUCUGAGGUUAUUUUACCUCACUAUACUUUACACUGUCCUUGAAUUAAAUGUGGUUAUUUUUGUUCAUUCUCUGUUUAAUGAUGUUUUCUGUGUAACUGAUAAUUCAUGUUAAACAAGCACAAUUGUGGUCAGAUGUAAGCCAUUGGUAGAAGAUGAAAGAAUUGUAGGUGAUGAUGGGGUAGGACAUCUGUCUUUAUCAUGGUAGUCUAUGCAAUAUACAGUGAAUUCAAUCAAAAUGUAAACAUAUGACAGAGGUAAAUGAAAAUCAGAAAAGGCAUAAAAUGUUGUGUAGAUAAAAAUGUGCUUUGAGACUAUUAAAACAUUUUCCUCUGUGGUCAUUUCAUGAAGUCAUGAAGUAUACUGAUUUGCUAUUUCUAAUGACAUGACAUGAAAAGUCAUUUUAUAUGCAUUUGAAUUAUAAAAAAGAACAAAGAUGAAACGACGAAAACUACGUUUUUUUGUAUAUGUUUUUUAUUUUUAUUUUUUGGCUUGAAGUGAAAAUGAGUUAUCAGGGUGUGUGAGGUUAAUGGUACUGUAACUUAAGUUUAGUUUGAAAAUUGCAUUAGUGUAUUUAAUAACAUUUUGAAGCAAACCACGCGUUAUCGCAGGAAAGUACCCCCAAGACGUUAUUCUGAUUCCAAUACAUCGAGAAACAAUAGUCAGACUGAUAGAGCCGUUAUGUUAUAUAGCACUUCGCUUGGACAGCAUAGGGUACAUUUUUAGCAUUAUUUUUAAAGUAGUUUGGGCUAUAGAAUUUCUCAUAGAAUAUAUGCUCAAACUAAGUUAAAUGACUAAUUACUUUAAUAACUUUGAACGAAUAACGUGAGGUUUAAACGUUUCAGUAUAUUGUUGCAUUGAUACAAGUCUUCUACAGCAAUACCUUUUUUAUUUUACUUAGAAUGAAAUAUACAUUUCAAACGAAGUCAAUAAUAUGUCUGAGAAGAAAUGUAAAACCAAGAGAAUUGUUUUCCCAAUGUGCCUAAAAGCAUACUUUCCGAAAGUGAAACCAUGUUAAACGAACUCUACAAAUACAAUCUGUAAGUUAUAAAAAGCACAACUUAUGUACAUACACAUGUGAUUUGUGAGUCUCCGUUAUUUUUCUGUUUGGCCUGGUCGUAGAAUAUAUUUUCUGUGUAACUAUA